UGAACUGCGCUAUUAAAUAUUUUUUGUGAACACGGCUAUUACGUCAACAUCACUUGUCAGUUCGACUUUGAUUUAUGUUUCGAUUUAUCUGGGUAGAGCGUAUUCCUGCAGCACAAAUUGGAAAAAAUUUACUACACGCAAAUGGCUACAUUAAACUAUUUGAAAACGGCGUUCAUGGCCAACAAACAACUUCUCCCUGGAUUACGUGUUUUACAAAAAUUCCCACGAAAAUGUAGCUCAAAUUUCGAACGACUAGAUGGAACCAACGAAACGAUGAGCGAAAUUAAAUUCAAAAUGAUGAAAAGUCUAGGUCUUGAUUGUGGAUACAAUCCACAUCCUAAACCAAGGGAGCACUUAUUGCCAUAUGAACCAAAAAUGGAAGACCUUCCACCAAGGUCUAUGCAGAACUCUUUUACUUCUGCAAUUAUACCCUUGAGCGUGAGCAAAUCACUACAAGAUCGAUAUGUAGCAACAUUAGGGCACGUUCGAUUAGGCAGGUUAAUGGAGGAUAUGGAUUUGUUUGCAGUUUGGGUGUGUCAUCAGCAUUUGAAAAUUCCUAAACUAGAUCCAUCAGUGCCUUUGCCAUACACUUUUGUAACAAUUCUUGUCGAUAAGAUUACAUUUACCGACUUUACACCACAUGCAAACCAAGAUAUUCGAUUGUCGGGUCAUGUUUCUUGGGUUGGUAGGAGUUCUAUGGAAAUUGUAGUAUGGUUGGAACAAUUAGAAGGCGAUACAUACAAGAAAAUUACACGCGCUCUCUUCCUAAUGGCAGCUAGGAAUGCAAAUAACACUAAAUCUGCUCCAGUGAAUCCACUAAUUCCUGCCAAUGAGAACGAGAAAAUGAUUUUGGCUGGAGGUGAACAGCGCAAAGAAAGAAGAAAGCAAUUGCAAUCAUCGUCUUUGCUUAAAGUCGAACCUAAUGCAGAAGAACAAAAAAUAAGUCAUGACUUGUUUGUUCGGACUACCCGAACCGACUCGAUGGAAUUGAAUUCUAGAAUCUUACCAAACAAUGCCCGCUGGAUGGGUGAUACUUCGAUAGUUUCAACAAUGGCGUCAUUCCCUGAAAACCGUAAUGCUCACAAUACAGUAUUUGGUGGUUUUCUUAUGCGCAAUGCACUUGAAAUUAGUUGGGUGUGUGCAUGUUUGUAUUGUGGAGAACGUCCAAAGCUUGAAACGAUAUGCGAUAUUAGUUUUCAGAAGCCAGUUAAUGUAUCGUCGUUUUUAAAAAUGAAUGCUCACGUUGUUUAUACUCAAGAUAAUUAUAUACAAAUUAUGACUGUAGCUGAUAUUAUUGAACCUAGUUCAGGCAAUCAAGUGACAUCGAAUAUUUUCUAUUACACAUACAAGGCACCGUCUAAAGUUGCAGAAGUUCUACCAAGGACAUACGAUGAAACUUUGUGGUAUAUCGAUGGUAGAAGAAAACUUAAAUAUGCAUUGAAAACCGAAUAGAUAUUUGGUACAUAUAUCAUGUAUGAGAUUUAAAUGAUAUUUUGUUCAUUUUGUAACAUUUAAUAGUGCAAAUAUUGAUUUAAAAUUGACUCAAUAGUAUUUAUUGUAAUUGUUGUGAAAAUUUCAAGAGGCUUUGAAAUAAAUUCAAAAUAAAAUGCUGGUUAUUUUAUUUAAAUGAUAAUUUUAA